UUAAUGCCAGAACAUAAAGCUGAGCCUCUUGAAGAGGGUGUUGAUCAGUUAACUCAAUGGCGUGAACGUUGCGCUGAUCAUGUGGAAAACCUGAAGGCCGCAUUAGAGGAAUGCAAUGAUCGCGUGAACGGCCGAAGCAACACAGAGGAAUCGUGUCAUCAGGAAAUGAUGGAUUACGUGCAUCACCUUGACGAAUGCGCCAUGCCAAAGGCCUUCAAGGCUCUCAAGUAA